AUGGCUGGCGUGGCAACUGCCGACGAAUUAAACCUGCGCCCGGGCGUCACGGAUAUCAGCCAGCAGGUCUACGACCUGCACAUGACCAUUUUGUGGGUGUGUGUAGUGAUUGGCAUUGCAGUAUUUGGUGUGAUGUUCUGGUCCGUUGUUCAUCACCGCCGUUCUGCGGGUUAUGAAGCAGCUAAGUUCCAUGAAAGCACCAAGCUUGAACUGGCCUGGACCAUUGUGCCUACGCUGAUUCUGAUAGGCAUGGCCAUACCGGCAACCCAGGUACUGGUGGCGAUGUACGACACCGGCGGCGAAGACAUGACGGUAGAGGUGCGCGGCUAUCAGUGGAAGUGGCAGUACAAAUACCUGGACGAUGAUUACAACAACACCUUUUCGUUUUUCUCCAAUCUGGCGACCACCCAGGACGAAAUUCGAAAUGUCAGUAAUAAAGGUGAGAACUAUCUGCUUGAAGUAGAUAACCCUCUGCGGAUCCCCAUGAACCGCAAAGUUCGCUUUCUGAUUACUGCUGAAGAUGUUAUCCACGCCUGGUGGGUACCUGACUUUGGCAUCAAGCGCGAUGCCGUACCGGGCAUGUUGAAUGAGUUAUGGACCGUUGUAGAAGAGCCCGGUAUCUAUCGCGGCCAGUGCACAGAGCUGUGUGGCAAAGACCAUGGCUUUAUGCCCGUUGUGGUAGAAGUCAUGGAAGAGGCAGAUUUUGAUGCCUGGUAUGCAGAAGAAGUUGCCAAUGAGAGCGUCCGUCAGGAAGCGCUGAGCAAAACCUUCACCCACGAAGAGCUGAUGGUGAAAGGUGAAGAGGUCUACGGCACCUUCUGUGCAAGUGUACCGGGUACAGCCAUGCAGGCGUUCGGGCGACAGCUUGAUGCCGCGCAACUUGCAGCGGUGGUGCACUACGAGAGGCACUCCUGGGGUCACCACGAUGACCACCACGAUCACGGGCCAGAUAAAGGGUUAGCUCGCUGGCUGUUUACAACCAACCAUAAAGACAUCGGUACCCUGUACCUGUGGUUCAGUUUCACCAUGUUUCUGAUUGGUGGCGUCAUGGCGCUGAUCAUUCGCACGGAGCUGUUCCAGCCGGGGCUGCAGUUUGUGAACCCUGAAUUUUUUAACCAGAUGACCACAAAUCAUGGUCUGAUCAUGGUUUUCGGUGCCAUCAUGCCGGCCUUUGUGGGUCUGGCAAACUGGCUGGUGCCAAUGCAGGUGGGUGCGCCGGAUAUGGCCCUGCCGCGAAUGAACAAUCUGUCGUUCUGGAUCCUGCCAUUUGCCUUCGGCAUUAUGAUUUCUACCCUGUUCAUGGAAGGCGGCGGUCCUAACUUCGGCUGGACUUUCUAUGCGCCGUUAUCCACGACUUAUGCGCCAGAUUCUGUAACGUUUUUCAUCUUUGCUGUUCACCUUAUGGGUGCCUCUUCAAUCAUGGGUGCGAUCAACAUCAUCGCAACCAUUCUGAACAUGCGUGCGCCGGGUAUGACCCUGAUGAAAAUGCCACUGUUCAUCUGGACCUGGCUGAUCACCGCCUAUCUGUUGAUUGCGGUUAUGCCGGUGCUUGCAGGCGCAGUGACAAUGAUGCUGUUUGAUAUUCACUUCGGUACCAGCUUCUUUAAUGCAGCUGGCGGCGGCGAUCCGGUGAUGUUCCAGCAUAUUUUCUGGUUCUUCGGGCAUCCUGAGGUGUACAUCAUGAUUCUGCCGGCAUUUGGCAUCAUCUCGCACAUCAUUCCGGCAUUUGCCCGCAAAACACUGUUCGGUUACGACUCAAUGGUCUACGCGGUGGCCUCCAUUGCGUUCCUGUCGUUUAUCGUCUGGGCGCACCAUAUGUUCACCGUGGGUAUGCCGUUAGCCGGGCAGCUGUUCUUCAUGUACACCACCAUGCUCAUCGCGAUUCCCACAGGUGUGAAAGUGUUCAACUGGACCGCCACCAUGUGGCAGGGUUCAAUGACCUUUGAAACACCCAUGCUGUUUGCCAUCGCGUUUGUGGUGCUGUUCACCAUUGGUGGCUUCUCGGGCCUGAUGUUGGCAAUCACACCAGUUGAUUAUCAGUAUCACGAUACCUACUUUGUUGUGGCGCACUUCCACUACGUAUUGGUACCUGGCGCGCUGUUCUCGAUCAUUGCAGCGGUUUACUUCUGGUUCCCGAAAUGGACCGGAAAAAUGUACAACGAAACGCUGGGCAAGCUGCAUUUCUGGUUGUCGUUUAUCGGCGUGAACAUCACGUUCUUCCCGCAGCACUUCUCGGGUCUGGCGGGCAUGCCUCGACGGAUUCCGGAUUACCCGCUGCAGUUUGCAGACUUCAACAUGGUGUCUUCAGUAGGCGCGUUUAUUUUCGGCUUUUCGCAGCUGUUCUUCCUGUAUGUCGUUAUCCAUGGCAUACGAUCAGGUCAGCCUGCAAAAGCACGCGCAUGGGAAGGUGCAAAAGGACUGGAGUGGACGUUGCCCUCGCCUGCGCCUUAUCACAGCUUCACCCAACCGCCUAAAGUGACGGACGAAGAAGUACACGCUUGA